GAUAUCUUAAAAAAAAGGUAAAAAAAUCUGAUGGAACCAUUCAAAUUACGAUCCUACCAAUCCAUAUUCGUUUCUUAUCAUCGUCCUCUCACUGUUUAUCUGAUUGAUUCUUCUUCUCUGAUAAUCGACUAGUAGUGCGGUUCUCUUGGAAAAUAUUCGAUUUUUAAAAGACUGAUGAUGACAUUAAACUCACUAUCUCCAGCUGAAUCCAAAGCUUUUUCUUUCUUGGAUACCUCCAGGUUCAAUCCAAUCCCUCAAAUCUCAGGUGGGUUUAGUUUGAGGAGGAGGAAUCAAGGGAGAGAUUUUGGAAAAGGUGUCAAGUGUUCAGUGAAAGUGGAGCAGCAGCAACCUCCUCCAGCAUGGCCUGGGAGAGCUGUUCCUGAGGCGCCUCGUCAAUCUUGGGAUGGACCUAAACCCAUCUCUAUCGUUGGAUCUACUGGUUCUAUUGGCACUCAGACAUUGGAUAUUGUGGCUGAGAAUCCUGACAAAUUUAGAGUUGUGGCUCUAGCUGCUGGUUCGAAUGUUACUCUACUUGCUGAUCAGGUAAGGAGAUUUAAGCCUGCGUUGGUUGCUGUUAGAAACGAGUCAUUGAUCAAUGAGCUUAAAGAGGCUUUAGCGGAUCUGGACUAUAAACCCGAGAUAAUUCCAGGGGAGCAAGGAGUGAUUGAGGUUGCCCGACACCCUGAAGCUGUAACUGUUGUUACCGGAAUAGUAGGUUGUGCGGGACUUAAGCCUACGGUUGCUGCAAUUGAAGCAGGAAAAGACAUUGCUCUUGCAAACAAAGAGACAUUAAUCGCAGGUGGUCCUUUCGUGCUUCCGCUUGCCAACAAACAUAAUGUUAAGAUUCUUCCGGCAGAUUCAGAACAUUCUGCCAUAUUUCAGUGUAUUCAAGGUUUGCCUGAAGGUGCUCUACGCAAGAUAAUCUUGACUGCAUCUGGUGGAGCUUUUAGGGAUUGGCCUGUUGAAAAGCUCAAGGAAGUUAAGGUAGCGGAUGCGUUGAAGCAUCCAAACUGGAACAUGGGAAAGAAAAUCACUGUGGACUCAGCUACGCUUUUCAAUAAGGGUCUUGAGGUCAUCGAAGCUCAUUAUUUAUUUGGAGCUGAGUAUGACGAUAUAGAGAUUGUCAUUCAUCCUCAAAGUAUCAUACACUCCAUGAUCGAAACACAGGAUUCAUCUGUGCUUGCUCAAUUGGGUUGGCCUGAUAUGCGUUUACCGAUCCUCUACACCAUGUCAUGGCCCGAUAGAGUUCCUUGUUCUGAAGUAACUUGGCCAAGACUAGACCUUUGCAAACUCGGUUCAUUGACUUUCAAGAAACCAGACAAUGUGAAAUACCCAUCCAUGGAUCUUGCUUAUGCUGCUGGACGAGCUGGAGGCACAAUGACUGGAGUUCUCAGCGCCGCCAAUGAGAAAGCCGUUGAAAUGUUCAUUGAUGAAAAGAUAAGCUAUUUAGAUAUCUUCAAGGUUGUGGAAUUAACAUGCGAUAAACAUCGAAACGAGUUGAUAACAUCACCGUCUCUUGAAGAGAUUGUUCACUAUGACUUGUGGGCGCGUGAAUAUGCCGCGAAUGUGCAGCUUUCUUCUGGUGCGAGGCCAGUCCAUGCCUGACGAAUUGGUUGUUGGAAGAAACAUUAGUGAAAAAGCGAUUGAGAAAAUGUGGAAAGAAGAUUAGUGUAGAGAAUGGGUAUUACUUGAUAGCGUUUUUGGCAGGGAUUAUGGAUUGUGUAGCUAAUUUAUCUGUGAUCCAAACAAGCCAAACCGAUAAUUUGAAACCAUUUUUACCAAUAAAACGUUUAAUUGUUUCACAUUAUAUGAUAUAAUUACAUUCAUCUAA